AUGAGUGGUUACGAUAGAGCUUUGUCCAUUUUCUCGCCAGAUGGACACAUUUUCCAAGUGGAGUACGCCCUGGAGGCGGUAAAGAGGGGUACCUGUGCUGUAGGUGUCAAGGGUAAGAAUUCUGUAGUAUUGGGCUGUGAAAGAAGGUCCACUUUAAAGCUACAAGACACUAGAAUUACACCUUCUAAAGUGUCCAAGAUUGACUCGCACGUAGUGUUGUCAUUUUCUGGAUUAAAUGCAGACUCCAGAAUUCUUAUCGAGAAGGCCAGAGUAGAGGCCCAAAGUCACAGACUAACGUUGGAGGAUCCUGUGACGGUGGAGUACCUCACACGUUACGUCGCUGGUGUGCAACAAAGAUACACACAGUCAGGUGGUGUCAGACCAUUUGGUGUGUCGACGCUGAUUGCCGGCUUCGAUCCAAGAGAUAAUGAACCCAAGCUAUACCAGACGGAACCAAGUGGUAUAUACUCGUCGUGGUCUGCCCAGACAAUUGGGAGGAACUCCAAGACGGUACGUGAGUUUUUGGAGAAGAAUUAUGACCGCAAAGAACCACCAGCUACAGUGGAAGAGUGUGUCAAGCUUACCGUAAGAUCUCUGUUGGAGGUAGUUCAAACAGGCGCAAAAAAUAUCGAAAUCACCGUUGUUAAGCCAGACUCAGAUAUUGUUGCCUUGAGCAGUGAAGAAAUUAAUCAGUACGUCACCCAAAUCGAACAAGAAAAGCAAGAGCAGCAAGAGCAAGACAAAAAGAAGAAAUCCAAUCAUUAA